UUUGUAUCCUUAAAAGACAACAAAAUGGAGCUGAUGAAGAACAAUGGAGGAGGAUAUUUCAUCUUUUGUUGUGUGCUUUUGCAUGUUAUUGUAGCUGGAUGUGAGAGUGUAGAAGCACCAUUACAAAAGAAAAAUUGCACCUAUGUAAUCACUAUAGAAACCACAUGUACAUGGGGAGCUGAAACGUCAAAUCAUGUGAGCCUAAGAUUUGGAGACACAAACUCAAGUGAAGUAUUGGUUAGAACCCUAAAUUCCAAGCAUCUAAGACAAGUUGACCCAUUGGAGCCUGAGGUUCUUGAUGACAUCCCAAGUAAACCAUUUCAAGCAUGUGUGGUCGAUGAGUUUGUCGUCACGGCACCAUGUGUUGAGUCCCCCAUCUGUUACUUGUACCUCAAGUUAGUUGGAAAUGACGACUGGCGGCCUGGAUUUGCACAGGUUGAAGUGCUUGAGGGCUCUCACCUUAGCUCCAAUAAUUUCUAUUUUCGAAGGUAUUUGCCUAGGCUAGUUUGGCAUGGUUUAGAUGUAUGUGAUAGUGAGGUUAGUCCUUUUGGUUUCAAGAAGAAGAGAAAGGUUCAUGUGGAGAAUCCAUGAGUGAUGUGAAAUUAUGUACAACUUUCUAUUUUAUAGUGUUUCUUUUGAUCAUGUAGCAUGUGGUUAUCUCCUUGAAAUGUAAGUUGUUAAGUAGGAGAUCUCUAUCAAAAAUGAUGGUUGUAUGUAAUACAUAUGGGCUUGAAAUUUGGGAAUGAAUUUACUGUUAAUGAUUUUUAAGGAACUCAGAUUAAGAUGUGUUGUGAUAUCAUUUAUUAUUUGUUAAGAA